GAGGAGAGGGAGAAACAAACACUACGUAGCGGAGGCUGCGCGCGGCCUUCGUGCCUGCGUGCGUACGUGCGUGCGCUCGCUCGCGCGGGCUCAGUGCUGGCGCGUGAGGCGGAGGCGGGCGGCGGCGGCGCCUGCGCGGUCGGGCUCGGUCGACGGUUCGCAGGGGAGGAGGCGGCGGGAGGCGGAGGAGGCGGCGGUGGCGAUGGAGGUGAAGCGGCUGAAAGUGACCGAGCUGCGGUCUGAGCUGCAGCGGCGGGGCCUGGACUCGCGCGGCCUCAAGGUGGAUCUGGCGCAGCGGCUGCAGGAGGCGCUGGACGCCGAGAUGCUCGAAGACGAGGCCGGCGGUGGCGGGGCCGGGCCCGGCGGGGCCUGCAAGGCGGAGCCUCGGCCUGUGGCCGCGUCGGGCGGUGGCCCGGGCGGGGACGAGGAGGAGGACGAAGAAGAGGAGGAGGAGGACGAGGAGGCGCUGCUUGAGGACGAGGACGAAGAGCCACCUCCUGCCCAGGCCUCGGGCCAGGCCGCGCAGCCGCCGCCGGAGCCCCCGGAGGCGGCAGCCAUGGAGGCCGCGGCCGAGCCCGAUGCUUCCGAGAAGCCGGCAGAGGAGGCCACGGCCGGGUCAGGUGGGGUAAAUGGUGGCGAAGAGCAGGGCACCGGCAAGGGGGAGGAAGACGAGCCGGAGGAGCGAAGCGGGGACGAGACACCAGGAUCCGAAGCUCCGGGUGACAAGGCCGCAGAGGAACAGGGAGAUGACCAAGAUAGUGAAAAGUCAAAACCAGCAGGCUCAGAUGGUGAGCGGCGGGGGGUAAAGAGACAGCGGGAUGAGAAGGAUGAACAUGGCCGAGCUUACUAUGAAUUCCGAGAGGAGGCUUACCACAGCCGCUCAAAGUCUCCACCACCCCCUGAAGAAGAGGCAAAAGAUGAGGAGGAGGAUCAAACUCUUGUGAACCUGGACACGUAUACCUCGGAUCUCCAUUUUCAAGUGAGCAAAGACCGCUAUGGAGGGCAGCCGCUUUUCUCAGAGAAGUUCCCCACCCUUUGGUCUGGGGCAAGGAGUACUUAUGGUGUGACAAAGGGGAAAGUCUGCUUUGAGGCCAAGGUAACCCAGAAUCUCCCAAUGAAAGAAGGCUGCACAGAGGUUUCUCUGCUUCGAGUUGGAUGGUCUGUUGAUUUUUCCCGUCCACAGCUUGGUGAGGAUGAAUUCUCUUAUGGUUUCGAUGGACGAGGACUCAAGGCAGAAAAUGGGCAAUUUGAGGAAUUUGGCCAGAGUUUUGGGGAGAAUGAUGUCAUUGGCUGCUUUGCUAAUUUUGAGGCUGAAGAAGUAGAACUUUCCUUUUCCAAGAAUGGAGAAGACCUAGGUGUGGCAUUCCGGAUCAACAAGGAAUCCCUGGCAGAACGGGCCCUCCUACCCCAUGUCCUCUGCAAAAAUUGUGUUGUAGAAUUAAACUUUGGUCAGAAGGAGGAGCCCUUCUUCCCACCACCGGAAGAGUUUGUAUUCAUCCAUGCUGUGCCUGUCGAGGAGCGUGUGCGCACUGCAGUCCCUCCCAAGACAAUAGAUCAGUGUGAGGUGAUUCUGAUGGUUGGACUGCCUGGAUCUGGAAAGACCCAGUGGGCACUAAAAUACGCAAAAGAAAACCCUGAGAAAAGAUACAAUGUCCUGGGAGCUGAGACUGUGAUCAGUCAAAUGAGGAUGAAGGGGCUUGAGGAGCCAGAGAUGGACCCCAAAAGCAGAGACCUUUUAGUUCAGCAAGCCUCCCAGUGCCUUAGUAAGCUGGUCCAGAUUGCUUCCCGGACAAAGAGGAACUUCAUUCUUGAUCAGUGUAACGUGUACAACUCUGGCCAACGGCGGAAGCUGUUGCUGUUCAAGACUUUCUGUCGAAAAGUGGUGGUGGUUGUUCCUAAUGAGGAAGAUUGGAAGAAGAGGCUGGAGUUGAGGAAGGAAGUGGAGGGAGAUGAUGUGCCUGAGUCUAUAAUGCUGGAGAUGAAAGCCAACUUCUCUCUGCCUGAAAAAUGCGACUAUAUGGAUGAGGUGACCUACGGGGAGCUGGAGAAGGAGGAAGCUCAGCCCAUUGUCACUAAGUACAAGGAGGAGGCAAGGAAGCUGCUGCCCCCCUCCGAGAAGCGGACAAACCGCCGAAACAACCGAAACAAGCGCAACCGGCAGAACCGAAGCCGAGGCCAAGGCUAUGUGGGCGGGCAGCGCCGAGGCUACGACAACCGGGCCUACGGGCAGCAGUACUGGGGGCAGUCUGGAAACAGAGGGGGUUACCGUAAUUUCUACGAUCGAUACAGGGGAGACUAUGAUCGAUUCUACGGGCGGGAUUAUGAGUACAACAGAUACAGAGACUAUUACAGACAGUACAAUCGGGAUUGGCAGAAUUACUACUACCACCCCCAGGACAGAGACCGAUACUACAGGAACUACUACGGUUACCAAGGGUAUCGGUGAAGCCCCUGUCAUGCUCGCCUGUCAGCCAUGAAGCUGAAUCUCUAGGGGUGCCAGGCACCCCCCCAAAACACAACCAAGGAAAACAGGGGCUGUUCGGGUGGGGCUGAGCUGCCGGGGAGGGGCGGUGGGGGGGAGGGUGCGCAAGCAGGGGCAGGGGAGGGGGGAGGUGGAAACGACAAAACUGUACAUUUUUUUUAAAAGUUUGUUGAAAAGAAUAUUGUCUUAUUCUAUAAAACAUUUCAAACCUAGUUAGAUAUUUGUAAUCAAAAAACAUUUGUGCAGAAAGCGGCACUUAGGGCUGCCUGUCCUGUAUCCUGCGGUUGGACAGGAAAAGAACUAAAAAUGUCACCCUUCUGACAUUCUAAGGCAGCUGGACUGGCAGCCAAGGAAGGGAGAGCGGAGGAGGUGGUGCGGAGAGGGCGGGGACGCCCAUGAGGGCGCUCUCCCCGGAGCAGGCAGGAGUGGGGACAGAGGGAGCACUUGUGACCGGGGCAGUGAAAAUAAACGAUUGGCUCUUCUCAAUCACUUGCACCAACUAA